CGGGUGCUUUCGGAGACAGCCUUGGUGCGGGGCGAGCGCGCGCGGACCGUAAACCGGCCGCGGAGCCGUCAUGGGCCCGCCGGGCUCCGGGAGCUGCGCAGCGCAAGCACCGGCCUGGAGUCAGAAUUGAAGCUACAAGAUGGCUGACCAGGAGCCUGGGGGCAUUAGCCCCCUCCAGCAAAUGGUGGCCUCAGGGACUGGUGCUGUAGUCACUUCCCUCUUCAUGACACCCCUGGACGUGGUGAAAGUGCGCCUGCAGUCUCAGCGCCCCUCGGCGGCCAGCGAGCUGAUGCCUCCCUCCAGACUCUGGAGCCUCCCCUACACCAAAUUGCCCUCCUCUCUGCAACCCACAGGGAAGUGUCUCCUGUACUGCAGUGGGGUCCUGGAGCCCCUCUACCUGUGCCCGAACAGCGCCCGCUGCGCCACCUGGUUCCAGGACCCCACCCGCUUCACCGGCACCGUGGACGCCUUCGUGAAGAUUGUGAGACACGAGGGCACCAGGACCCUGUGGAGCGGCCUCCCAGCCACCUUGGUCAUGACUGUGCCGGCCACUGCCAUCUACUUCACCGCGUAUGACCAACUCAAGACCUUCCUUUGUGGUUGGGCCCUGACUUCUGACCUCUACGCACCCAUGGUGGCUGGCGCACUAGCCCGCUUGGGCACCGUGACUGUGAUCAGCCCCUUGGAGCUGGUGCGGACAAAGCUGCAGGCUCAGCAUGUGUCCUACCGGGAGCUGGGAUCCUGUGUCCGAGCUGCCAUGGCUCAGGGUGGCUGGCGCUCACUGUGGCUGGGCUGGGGCCCCACUGCCCUUCGGGACGUGCCCUUUUCAGCCCUGUACUGGUUCAACUACGAACUGGUGAAGAGCUGGCUGAGCGGGCUCAGGCCAAAAGACCAGACAUCCGUGGGCAUCAGCUUUGUGGCUGGAGGCAUCUCCGGGACGGUGGCGGCCGUCCUGACUCUGCCCUUCGACGUGGUGAAGACUCAGCGCCAGGUCGCGCUGGGAGCUCUGGAGGCUGUGAGAGUGACCCCCCCACGCGCCGACUCCACGUGGCUGUUGCUGCGGCGGAUCCGGGCUGAGUCGGGCACCAGGGGGCUCUUCGCAGGCUUUCUCCCAAGGAUCAUUAAGGCUGCCCCCUCCUGUGCCAUCAUGAUCAGCACUUACGAGUUCGGCAAAAGCUUCUUCCAGAGGCUCAACAGAGAACAGCCUCUGGGCUCUUAAAAG